AUGUCUGCCAAGGAGGAGGAUGGGGAGAUUCGUGCACAUGUUGUAUAUAAUGGGAGUACUUGUAGAAUCAGUGAAAUUGGCUUUGAACAUUAUCCUCUUUCUGAGUGUGACAUUGGCGAAGGCUUACCACACGCUCUUGUAGAUUUUCCAAAUUCUUGUGAGAAGUUGGGUUGGCAGGCAGAGAAAAGAGUUUCAAGAUCAGGCAUCUUAAGAGAUAGAUAUUUGUAUAUUCCGAAGAAUUGUAAGGCUCCAAAAGGCGGAAAGAGAAUUGAUAUGAUAGAGAUGACUACAUCUUUAAGGACAGAAUUGCAGUCUUUACUGCCUGAUUUUCUUAUAAGAGCCAUUACUUGUAAGGCUGGUAACAAAAUUUGUAGAAGUUUAUCAAAAGAAAAUCCUUUUCCAGCCAUGGUUUGUGAUAUUUGUUGCACUGGACCUAUUGUUGGCGACUAUGAUGGGUACAAUUAUGUUCGAUGA